CUUAUGCUUUCUUAAAGCGGUCGACGACAUGUUUUUUGUUAUUCGGACCUAGCCUUGUGGAGAGAGACCGGGACUCCGUUCAUCAGUUCUUAAAGCAGAAAUAAAGUACUGGUCUACAACGGUUAGAAGAAUGGGUGUAGACCUUCAAACAUACCGUGGGAGGAUUGGCUCCUUCAAUUCUGCUGGAAUACAUAAUGCUACUGUCAAAGGAAGCAGUGUUCUGGGUGACAUUUUCCUGAUGUCACUGAUGACGGGCUCAUUAUCGUUCAUAGGACUGCUUCUUUUCAUGGCAGGAAUAGAAAUAAACCCAGGGCCUCUGACAGGAAAGUGGCCAGACAGUAUUAUCAGUCAGCGGGACAUUGUUGCCAUUGCUGCCUGUAUUGGAGAAGGACUUCUUACACUGGGGCUGGUUCUUGGAUUUUCUAAAGCACAAAUUGAACAAAUUCAGAUGGAUAAUAGACGGUCUAUAGAACAAGCUGGAUCUCUUCUUUACAAAUGGCUUGAGAAAGAGAGAAAUAAAGCGUCAUUCACAAAGCUGUUUACUCUACUUCAAGAUGUUCCGGGGCUAACUGUCAACUGGGAAAAACUCGAGGAAACCUAUUCAUUAGUUGGACACCAACCGUUUUUCAACGAAGAACUGAAAAGCCUUCUUUUGCAACUUGAUUUGACAAACAAAUUUCCCGAAAAGAUUUCUGUUGUAGAAGCUCUUGCAGUAGAUAUAGAUGAUCAACAGGAAAGAAGCAACGAGGACAAUCUUAAAAAGGCGCCUUGGAUUUUGUUAAAAAGUCUGUUAUCAGCUGUUUAUUACUCAAGGGAUACUGUGCCAAACCAACUUUCAAAAUUGGGAGACACGGGAACUCUAGUUGUAGAUUUGGAACACUUUUAUGAUGCUGCACCACAAACAACAGAGGAAGGAGGAUCAAUAAGCAGGCUUGACAUUCUUUGGACAUUAUUUCAUUGCUGUGACCCUUUCGUAAAACAAAUUAUUGUUAGAAAACUAUAUAUUUGCAACUUGGCCGUGCCCUUUCUAUCCAAAGACUAUAGAUCGCCUUUAGUUAAGGCCUUCAUCUGGCCUCUGCGUCAUUUAAGUUUGUCUUUCGAUGAAUCAUCGACGUUUAGUGAGCACGCUUUUGACAUUUCAACUCAUGUGAUCGCGUUUGGACGUCUUGGUAGACCGACGCUGUCCAAAUCAUGUAUAUUAAAUGAAAUUCUCUCCGACGAAAAAUCAAAAACGAAAUUUCCUGUAUUCUAUGAUUCCUCAUGCGAGUCACAACAUGAAACGAGGUCUGUGAGUCAAGGAACUGUUGAUUUAUUUUGGUUGCAUCCAAGACCAGAAAACUAUAUGGAUAUCAUGACAACUCUUUUUAACAUGAGAGGUAAUUUAGCAGAAGAUUUUAAUGCAUCUUUUUUAAAUCUUACGAAGAAUUUAGCUGAUAUAUUAGUUGUAUUUACUGACAUUGAUGACCUCAAAAGAAACAUUAAGUCUUAUGAACAUAUUCUAAAACGUUUUCGAUUUGUGGUCGUGAUAAUGUCGGGGCUAGUUUUCAGGGACCCAGAUACUUUAAGGGUGUUACAGUACAUAAAUCAAAUUGCAAAAGAAUCAAGCUUUGAUAUAAAAUUUAUUCAAACCAAUAAAGGUGAGGAUGUAAGUAAAACUGGUGAAAUUGUAAAAAAUAUAUUAAAGGUUCUAGCAGAGCACUUAAAAGGGAAAGGGGGCGAUUCUUUACACACACGGUUUGAUAAACAGAAUUGCCAAGAUCUUUUAGUUGAAACUAUUUACAAAGCACAAUCUGAUAAUGCCGAACGGGUUGCAGAUAGUGUACUUCAAGAAAUCAUUAAGGAAACAAAUGCCUGGAGAAAUGACAGAAACAUUUCAAUAAACGAUGAUCUUAAUCACUGCAGACAUUCAAUAACGCCCUGCUCAUCGAUUUACACUAGUGAACUUAGUAAGCUAAUUAGAGCGCUUGAAGUAUCGCAAUCAUCGGAAGAGUCGGAAAAAAUUCAAGAUCAAAUAUUGGGUAUCCGCAAAAAGCAAACACAAAAUAUAACAGAGAGUGUUGCUUCUUUUGUACAAAAUCUGUGUGAAUGCAGAACAAAAGUUGAAAGACAUUUUUUUAUCAACUGGUUGAAACUUGGAAUGGAAAAAAAAAUGAGAAAACGUAUGCCCUGUUUACAAUUGAUGAAGGAAAACGAAGAGAAAGUCUUAAAACAGCUGCGCUUAAACAAUGCAACAGAACACGAAAUAAAACAACAAGAACUGACUAUAACUGACAUUGAGAAACAAAUUGAAAAUCUAACUUUCGGUGUAGAUUUUCUUUUCAGAGAAACAGCCCACAUAUGCGAUUCAUUUAUAUAUUUAACGGAAGAUACAGAACAGAUAAACCUACCAUCACUGGAAAAAAUAACGAACACAUACGCUGAUUUGGUCAUUCAGGGACAAGUUCAUCUAGAGCUUAUUGACAGCGAUAAUUUUUACAUGCCGACCCUUUGGAUCAGAAAUGUACUUGCUUUGAUCGAUACAAAACUGAUCAAUUCGAAGCUGAUUACAGUGUCUGUUUUGGGAUUACAAAGCUCGGGCAAAUCAACUUUGUUGAAUACCAUGUUUGGUGUACAUUUUUCAGUCAGUUCAGGUCGAUGUACAAGAGGAAUAUAUGCACAGUUGUUGCCAGUGAGGCGACACGGUCGUACAGAAAUCUCUCCCUUCAAUUACUUAAUGGUUGUUGAUUCGGAGGGUCUAAGGUCAUCAGACCUUUUAACUGUGUUAUACAGUUACAACCGCGAUAACGAAAUGGCUACUUUUGUUACUGGAUUAGGAAAUAUUUCAAUCAUGAAUAUCAUGGGAGAGCAUAUUUCCGAUCUGAAAGACAUUUUACAGAUAGUUGUCAAUGCCCUGCUACGCCUGUAUGAAGCAAAUAAUGCUCUUCCAAAAGAUCAAAGAUGUUUUCUUGUGCACCACAAUGUGUCAGAACACGCAGCUAAAAAAAAGAUGUCAGCAGGGAUUAAAAGGUUCGUGGAAUGUUUAGACGGUGUAACUGAAGAGGCUGCAAUUCAAGAAGGUUCUUUAUCUAGACGUUUCACUGACGUCAUUCAAUUUGAUCAUGAUUCAAGCGUGCAAUAUAUACCCUGUCUUUGGCAAGGGGUUUAUCACUUAAAGCAUGUUAACACUGAGUAUAGCUCCGCUGUUAUCAAGUUAAAACAUUGUCUCAUGAACUCGACACUGAAUAUUGGCUCAGGCAAAACAUUUACUGAUUUUGGAAUACAAGCAGUUGAUUUAUGGAAAGGAGUUAUUUCAGAAAACUUUGUAUUUUCCUUCCGGAACAGGUUGGAAAUUAAAGCAUACUGCACGAUAAUGGAACAAAUAAACAGAUCGCUGUGGCGUGAGGAGAUGUCUGUUAGAAAGAAAGUACUGACUUGUUCUCAUCGCAGCCUUUCACAAUGUAAAUUGGAAACAAAUGUAAAAGACAAAAGGAAUAAACUGAGAUUUAAAAUUUCCAACGCGAUUGAACAAUUUACAGAGUCAGCAUUUACCAUGUGCGAAGAUUUGUUUGGUGAGAGUGAAUAUAAAGAUAUAACAAUUAAAUGGAAAUGCGACAUUCAUUUGUAUAUUAAAAAAAGAUCUGAUGAAAUACAUAGUAGUUUAGUUAAAGAACUUAACAACAGUUGUGAAAUCAAAAAAUUUGAACUUUCAACCUUAAAGCUAAUGGAGGACAAACGAACCUUGCUGAAAUCGGAGGCAACUAAGCUAGCAAAAUCAUUACGCAAAAAAGGGAAAGAAAUUGAUCGAAAAACCAUUGAUAGUUCAUUUAAUAAGAUAUGGAAAAGGUAUAAAAAUGAAAAUGUUUGUGACAAAAUUGACUUUCAAGAUUUAACAAAGCAACAUGUGCUUGAAAAAUUCAAAAAUAAUAUAAAAAUUCUCAGGAAAGUGAUCAAGCAUACAACAGAACCAACUAGGUUAAGUAAUAGUUUUGCCUCCAGUCGUAUUUGUCAUACCGAUAUAAACACUGAAGAACCAAGUGACGCUAAAAAAGAAAUACUUUUUCAAGAAUUAGAAGUAAAUGUUAACUGUUAUUUACAAAAAGUGGAAGAAGUGAUCCAAGACAUUUGUACUGAAACAAAAGAACUACUCACAGUAGACUUUAUGUCGUUUUGCAAAAAUGUAGGUGACUUGUUUCAAGAAUUGACCUCAAAAGUUGGCAAUAUAACUUUGAAAAAGAUAUUUCACAUUAAAUUAGACAUGCAUGUUUUAACCUUUGCUUCUUGUGCGUUUAAAAGACACAAUGAAUUUUAUGAUAACGAAUUUGGUAUGACUGCACAUAUGAACCGGUAUAAAAGCGAGUUGUACAUUCUUUUUCAAGAAGAUGUUGCUAACCGGACAGCAGAACAUAGGGCAGCCGAAUUGUUCUGUUUGGGAGUUUGUAACUCAUUUAAAAAAAUAUUUCCGGUCAUCUCCGUUUGAAGACUGAAGAACAUCUUAAAGGCAAUCUACCGUUUACAAAGCAUAAUCUAAUAAAAGCCAUAUGUACAACUUUGGCAAACAAUAACAAACUCGACCAAUUCGUUGAAUAUUUAAGAAAUCCAAAACUGUUUGCGAAAGGUUGGAUGAAGCAUCAAUGUGAAGACAACCUGAACAUAUCAAAACUCGCCAUAGAACAAGCUCGACAUGAAGUGCUGCACAUGACUGCAGCGGUUGAAAAUGGUGUAAAAUUAUGCUGCGCAAAAUUUAAAGCAAUGACGUCGGUAAAUAUGUCAGAAUGGUCCUCAAUGAUAAUGACUUAUCUGCAACAUUCCGGUACAACUCUUGAUCAUGUUGACUUUCAAACCUUUUGUAAUCUUCGAUAUAUUCAAGACAUCGAAUUCUUUACUAAUAUUGUGUUGGGACAAAACGACGAGGAAGGCCUAUUGAAACAUAAGACAUCAUCAGUCUUGAUUGAAAUCGAAGAUAUGUUCUCAAAAGUGAAAAUUCCAUAUUCAAAAAUAUUGAAUGAAAUGUGGGGUUGUAACGAGCAAUGUCCAUUUUGUCUGGAACCAUGUGCAAAAUCGGAAGAACACGGCAGUUCCCCUCAUUAUUGCAUUCAACAUCGACCAAAUGGCUGUGUAGGCUUAAGAUUCGUGUCCGAUGAAAAAAUAUCCAAAGAGACAUGCAAUGCAUCUAUUGCACUUAAUUUUCAUUACAUGUGUUCAGUCAUCAAAAAGGCAUGUGGCUGCAAGAAACAAGUUGGUCAUCCUUAUAGAGAAUAUAAGCAGCAUUUUCCAAAGUGGGAAAUAAGUCCAUCUUCAAACAGUUUUGAAUGUGCUAAGUUUUGGCUUUGGUUUGUCGGAAGUCAUAAGGACGAAUUGGCAAAGUAUUAUGGUUAUGAUGUAUCUGAAGUACCUACCUCGUGGGGAACAAUUAAAAAGUCUGCGGCAAUCCGAAGUUUAUCAGAUAUAUAUUAAAGGAACUAUGAGUAUUGCAUAUGUAGUACAACUUGGGGGUCAAAUGUAAGUACCAAUAAGGGUUAUUACUAUUACAUACUAAAUACACACCAAAAUGAUACUGGAACACAUUCAAUGAUAAGAAAUCGAUUAAAUUAUUCAAUUGUUGAAAACACCUGUAAAUAAUCAUAGAGAGAUUUUUAGACCUAAUUAUUUUUGUCUAUAUAAAAAUAAUAACUUUAUCACACAAACGCGUUCAUUUUUAACCAUUUUUACGUGAUAAUUUAUUUUUAUUUGCUUAAAAAUAAAAUUUUGGCAUGUUACGUCUUCCAGAAUUAUUAAAGAUACACUUUUUGGAGUACACGCUUUAAUAUAAGUAUUUUGUAGAUCAUGACAAGCAUUUCUGUAUAUAUUAUCCAAGGUCAAGUUUGUAUUGUCCAUAAAAUGAUGUAACAAAAUAUAACUGAAUCAAACGUAUUCUGAGAUCAUCAUUGAAAUAUGUGUACUUUUUCACUUAAACAUAUGUCGACAUAAUGAUUGUUCUUCAACAGAUUUUUUUUCUUCUUCACUAUGAUAAAAUUAUAUGAGAAUAAGUUUCAAAUAACACUCACAAAAAGGGUGUAUACAUUAGCUGCCGUUUUCAUUUACAAGCCUUUAAAGAGUAGUUCUUACAUAAUUUACUAAGCUAAAUUGAGUGUAAAAAAAGGUCGACGUAACAACCUAUUGGAAUGCCAAAACACUGGGUAAAACUAUAUCAAAAUAUGUAUUUAUAUAAAACCGUUUUGAUUCUGAUGAAUAAUGCACCAGAUGAAGGUGAACUGAGAAGUCAUUCUUUUACAUUUGAAAUAAGCAGUUUUAAAUUGAUAUUUAAUUGGCAUAUGAAUUCAAAGUAAUCUUCUUUCUCGAUAACAUGUUAUUUGCUUUGUUGUUUAAUCUGCUUCUUUCAUUUCUCUAUCGCCGUUUUCCAUUGCAACAUUUUAUUUGUAUAUUUGUCUGCGUUUUUUCCCGUAUUAGGCGGGGCUUAAAAGUCAAUACUCAUUUGUGUACAAAGCUUAUUAUUUUACAGUCAUUUGUCAAAUUAUUGCAACAAAAGGUUUGAGUUUGUGUGUUUUUGUGGACGUUAAAAACAUAUUUUGAAAUAAAGAAUUGUUUACAUUUACCAUUUUCAAUGUUCGUCGUUAUGACUAAGAAAUCAUUUUUAAAGGUUUAUUUUGCAUUUAGAUUGUGAAAUGUGUAUUGAAUACCUUUUGCAUCUACAUUAUGUGUCAGUGUAUAAACAAACAGUAUUUUUCAAUUGUUUUGUUGUGAUGUUUUAAAGAUAUUUGUAUAUUUCACGUUAUCAAUAUUUUUUCUAUUGUAAUAAGACUGAUCUCUUAUAUAGUUUAGCAUUGUGUUGUUAAAUAUGUGCUAUAUUGUUUAAACACCAAGCAUCAAUGUGAAGACAACCUGAACAUAUCAAAACUUGCAAUAGAACAAGCUCGACAUGAAGUGCUGCACAUGACUGCAGCGGUUGAAAAUGGUGUAAAAUUAUGCUGCGCAAAAUUUAAAGCAAUGACGUCGGUAAAUAUGUCAGAAUGGUCCUCAAUGAUAAUGACUUAUCUGCAACAUUCCGGUACAACUCUUGAUCAUGUUGACUUUCAAACCUUUUGUAAUCUUCGAUAUAUUCAAGACAUCGAAUUCUUUACUAAUAUUGUGUUGGGACAAAACGACGAGGAAGGCCUAUUGAAACAUAAGACAUCAUCAGUCUUGAUUGAAAUCGAAGAAAUGUUCUCAAAAGUGAAAAUUCCAUAUUCAAAAAUAUUGAAUGAAAUGUGGGGUUGUAACGAGCAAUGUCCAUUUUGUCUGGAACCAUGUGCAAAAUCGGAAGAACACGGCAAUUCCCCUCAGUAUUGCGUUCAACAUCGACCAAAAGAGUGUGUAGGCAUAAGAUUCGUGUCCGAUGAAAAAAUAUCCAAAGAGACAUGCAAUGCAUCUAUUGCACUUAAUUUCAAUACAGGUGUUCAGUCAUCAAAAAGGCAUGUGGCUGCAAGAAACAAGUUGGUCAUCCUUAUAGAGAAUUUAAGCAGCAUUUUCCAAAGUGGGAAAUAAGUCCAUCUUCAAACAGUUUAGAAUGUGCCAAAUUUUGGCUUUGGUUUGUCGGAAGUCAUAAGGACUAAUUGGAAAAGUAUUAUAGUUAUGAUGUAUCUGAAGUACCUACCUCGUGGGGAACAAUUAAAAAGUCUGCAGCAAUCCGAAGUUUAUCAGAUAUAUAUUGAAGGAACAAUGAGUAUUGCAUAUGUAGUACAACUUGGGGGUCAAAUGCAAGUACCAAUAAAGGUUAUUACUAAUAUAUUUUGAAUACACUGUAACACAACAAAAUGAUACUGCAACACUCUUUGAAUGGGAAAGAAAUCGUUUUAAUUAUUUAAUUGUUGAAAACACCUGUAAAUAAUCAUAGAAAGGUUUUGAGACCUAAUUUCUUUUGUCUAUAUAAAAAUAAUAGCCCUAUCACACAAACGUGUUUAUUUUUAACCAUUUUUAUGUAAUUAUUUAUUUUUAUUUUCAUAAAAAUAAAAUUUUGGCAUGUCACGUCUUCCAGAAUUAAUAAUAUAAAGGUACACUUUUUGGAGUACACGCUUUUAUAUAAGUAUUUUGUAGAUCAUGACAAGCAUUUCUGUAUGUAUUAUCCAAGGUCAAGUUUGUAAUGUCAAUAAAAUGAUGUGAAAAUAUAACUGAAUCAAACGUAUUCUGAGAUAAUCAUUGAAAAAUGUGUACUUUUUAACUUACAUAUGUCGACAUAAUGAUUGUUCUUCAACAGAUGUUUUUUUUUUCUUCUUCACUAUUAUAAAAUUAUAUGAGAAUAAGUUUCAAAGAACACUCACAAAAAGGGUGUAUACAUUAGCUGCCGUUUUCAUUUACAAGCCUUUAAAGAGUAGUUCUUACAUAAUUUACUAAGCUAAUUUGAGUGUAAAAAAUGGUCGACGGAACAACAAUUGGAAUGCCAAAAAACACUGGGUAAAAUUAUAUCAAAAUAUGUAUUUAUAUAAAACCGUUUUGAUUCUGAUGAAUAAUGCACCAGAUAAGGGUGAACUGAGAAGCCAUUCUUUUACAUUUGAAAUAAGCAGUUUUAACUUCUACUUCAACAGGUAGAAAUUCAAAUGGGGAUUCAAUGAAAACCAUGUUCAAUUGAAAAAUUACGCAAAUAAGUUUCGAAACCGGGACGCGCCUCUUUAUCCGUACCCAGUGAUACCUAUUGAAGUCGCGAUGGUCCGAUGAAAUAAGAUAAUCGUAUUGAAUGUCUAACAUCACGACAGUCGAAAAAUAAUUAUUGAUUGUUAAUGAAAUUGCUUUUAAACAUGUGGUACUUUACAGUUAUGACAUUAUUUAUAUUUUAUUUUAUAGAAAUAAUAUUAUUUUACCAUGAUAUAUUUAUUUGUUGAUUGUCUGCACGUGAUUCAUGAUAAUACGAAAUAAUGCCUAAUAGUAGUGAAUCAUUGUUACAUCUAAAAUUGAUAUUUCAUUGGCAUAUGAAUUCAAAGUAAUCUUCUUUCUCGAUAACAUGUUAUUUGCUUUGUUGUUUUAUCUGCUUCUUUCAUUUCUCUAUCGCCGUUUUCCAUUACAACAUUGUAUUUGUAUAUUUGUCUGCGUUUUUUCCCGUAUAAGGCGGAGCUUAAAAGUCAAUACUCAUUUGUGUACAAAGCUUAUUAUUUUACAGUCAUUUGUCAAAUUAUUGCAACAAAAGGUUUGAGUUUGUGUGUUUUUGUGGACGUUACAAACAUAUUUUGAAAUAUAGAAUUGAUUUCAUUUACCAUUUUCAAUGUCAUCGUUAUGACAUAGAAAUUGAUUUCAUUUACCAUUUUCAAUGUUCGUCGUUAUGACUAAGAAAUCAUUUUUAAAGGUUUAUUUUGCAUUUAGAUUGUGAAAUGUGUAUUGAAUACCUUUUGCAUCUACAUUAUCUGUCAGUGUAUAAACAAACAGUAUUUUUCAAUUGUUUUGUUAUGAUAUUUGUAUAUUUCAUGUUAUCAAUAUUUUUUCUAUUGUAAUAAGACUGAUCUCUUAUAUAGUUUAGCAUUGUGUUUUUAAAUAUGUGCUAAAUUGCUUAAACACAUGAAUGUUAACGCAUUUAUUUCAACCAUCAUCACCAGGCUAGGAAAGUUCGAGUACUAACAGAUCUGAACUAACAGUCAUCAAAUAUAUCUCAGAUUCUAUGUUAAAUGCGUCAUUUUAAAACAUUUCAUUUAAGAAGAAUUUUGUUCCCGUAGUGUCCAUUGUACUUGACAACACUAAAAUGAAUUACAAACCAGACUUUGUUUUGACGAGGUCUUAGUAGAACCUUAAAAAUAUCUACUUAAAUAAUUUACGGUUUACAUUUUUGAAGGAGCUUUUUUUGUUAAUUUCAUCAGAAAAAUAAAUCUUGAGUUCUAACAAUUAAAUCGAUAGAAAUAGCACAUCGUUUUAUUCAAUGCAAAAUCGUUUGCAUUUAAGUACGCAGUAAUUUAAACUGUCAUGUCGAAAUUUAAUCAAUGGUCUGAAACCAGUGCAUUUUAUUGAGAAGGCCAUUAUUUCAAAAGUUUCCCCGCCAAACCGAACACCCCAUUCAGCAAGUAACUACCGUAAACAUGAAAUCAAUUUAUCUUGUCUGUUUUUUGAGGAAAAAUGUCAGGGUACUGCCAUAGCCUUAGUGUCGUUACAAAAAUGUCCAAGAUAUUUUCAUUAGAUUUAACAAUCAUGUUACCAGCAACAAUACGCAAAUGUGUUUGAAGACCCAUAACUCUGGCUUUAAUGAUAGUCGAGUAAAGUCCUUGAUUGACAGAGAAAAAGCAGACUUGCGUUGGUAUCCGUUUGAAGUGCUCUUGUUCCAAACUAAUAUAAGAAAAUGCAUCGAAAGAUGAGUUUUCUAACAUGUAAUUACUCCUCGCAAAUUAAUAGGCAUUAUUUAACAAAUGCGUGGUGUUAUUAAAUUGGUAGAAAAUGUGUAUCAGUGUUUAAAGCGAACACCCAGUUUUCACAGGCCCGAUCAAACGGUUAAUCUUUAGUGGAUUGAACACAUUGCCUCAUUGUAGUUUAUAUAGUUUACUUUUAUACGUUUACAAUACGAUUUCAAAUGAAAUGUUUGAAUGAUUAACAUAUUUGUGUUUCUGUAUGUGCUAUGUUAAGUGUGAAUGAGAGAAAUUGUUCCAAAAAAGUGUUUAAUCUAUACAUAGAGUUACUUGAAGUGAUACGUUUAUAAAAUGAAAACUAUUUUUUUCUUUGUUGUGUAAAUGUAACGCAAUUUAACAACUGUUUUACUGGUUUAGAUGUUGUCAAAGAUUGGCAGAUUAAAUGGAAAAUUAAAUUGAAACUUCCA